AUGCGCCUCCCCUACGCCCCUCCCACCGCUCAAUCCCCCGAAGAUGAGGAAAUCUACACCCGCAUCGCUGCCCGCCGUCAUCCCCGCCCCCUCAUCCCACUCGACUUGACGCUUCUUCACGCGCCGCCGCUGGCAAACGGAUAUAACAGUUUUGUCGGGGCGAUUCGGUCCAGUACUGUAUUGGAUCAGGGACUGCUGGAAUUGGCGAUUUCGCGGGUUGCGAUCCUUACGAAUGCCGUUUAUGAGUGGAAUGCGCAUGCCCCGCUUGCGCUGAAGGGGGGGAUUCAGCCCGAGGAGCUGAAGGUUGUGAGGGCAGUGCCAUCUACGAUUGGCUCUGAGGAGGCGGUUAAGGCGUUGGGUGAGAGUGCGUUGUCGCCGUUGCAGAGGGCGAUCGUGAAGUAUACGGAUCAAUUGACGGUGACGGUGCGGGUGGAGGAUGCGGUGUUUGGGGCAUUGAGAGAGGAAGGGCUGUCGGAUCGGGAGGUUGUCGAGUUGACGACUGGUGUCGCUGGGUAUAACUGUGUUAGUCGGAUUUUGGUGUCGUUGGAUGUGGGCGAGAACAAUGACAAGGAGAUGAAGAGUGUGGAUGAGUUGGUGGCAUCUCUUUGA